ACUGGUUACAAGUCCGGGCAGAGCAGGAGCAGCGGUGGUGUUGACCGUUUGUAAGUCAACUCAGCUGGAGUCCGCAGAGUAGUGGCUGGUCCAGCCUGGCGAACUCUCCCCAUCCCGCUGCCGCCAGGACCAGCUUCACAACCCCCACCGCCACUCUCUAAGACAGUGCGCCCCAGAUGAGCCAGACCCGCUGGACCGGGAAGAGAGCCGACAUGCUCCCGGAGAUCGCCGCCGCCGUGGGUUUCCUCUCGAGCCUGUUGAGGACCCGGGGCUGUGUAAGCGAACAGAGGCUGCAAGUUUUCAGCGGGGCCCUUCAAGAGGCACUCACAGAGCACUACAAACACCACUGGUUCCCAGAAAAACCAUCCAAAGGUUCAGGCUACCGCUGCAUCCGAAUCAACCACAAGAUGGACCCCAUCAUCAGCAAGGUAGCCAGGCAGAUUGGACUCAGCCUGCCCCAGCUAUACCGCCUGCUGCCCAGCGAGUUGACCCUUUGGGUGGACCCCUAUGAAGUGUCCUACCGAAUUGGGGAAGAUGGAUCAAUUUGUGUCCUCUAUGAGGAAGGGCCCACUCCGUCCUCUUAUGGACUCCUCACAUGCAAGAACCAAAUUAUGUUGGGCCGGAGCAGCCCCUCAAAGAACUAUGUGAUGGCCGUCUCCAGUUAAGACCCCUACUGCUGCCCCCCCCAGUCCCCAGCAAUCUACUGUAUUCAUUCAGCCCUGACAACAGGCUACUGCAUACCUCAAUUUGGGGAAUCCUAUUUUUAAAUGAAGAGUUAUUUAUAUAUAUUUUUUUUAAAAAAGAGGGGGAAAAAACCAAAAUUUUUUUUUUUAAAGAAAAAAAUAUCCUUACUUAGUGAGAGCUGCUUGGAAGUGGCCUCCUAUGGUGCCUUUGGAAAGAAAUUUUGUGAGUCUGCGUGUCUUGAAGCCAGUAUCUGCCAAUGGGAGAGGUAGCAGUUUAGGUGUAUGGACUUGGCAGAAUGGAGAUGAUGGUAGGGUUGGGGAAGGUAUAGGGUAGAAGUCUGGUCAGCACCCCAGGGAAAAUGAGAAAAUCUAUGAUUAGCAACUGUGAAUGAGAAAGAUCUGGGUCUACCCUGGGUGGGAGAAGGGUACAGGAGAAUUUCAAUUUAUAGCCUCCUAUACCCACAGCCAGGGUUCCAAGAACCUGAUCCUCUUUUGCUAAGAGGCAUUCAAGCCUAAACUUUUGAAAUACUAUGUUGCCUGUCUUUCCUUUCUUUUUUUUUCCCUUUUCUUCUCUUUUUCUCCCCCCUCUGAUGAGAUCAUGGGCAGGAAACAAAAGGGCAGCUUCCUUAUUCCUCCUGCCUGGAUCAACUUUUCUUGAAAUUAAGAAAUUGUCUUGAUAAUAUCCUCAGGGUCUGGAAGGUUAUGACAUCUCAGCUGUGAUUUCUAAGGAUUUGGGGUUUUUAUUUUUAUUUAGAUUUUUUUGGUGAUGGAGGGUCUGGCAUAGAAUAGAAGGGUAAGGAAACCUGCACAAAAUCUCCAUGUUGCUUUAUGCUGCUCUGUGUAUGUGUAUGUGUAUGUGUGUAUACUGAAUUCUCAAGGGGGUGAUUUGUAAUGGAAGGCUGGGGCCCAAACAGCUCUCAAUGGGGAAUGCUCUUUGGAUUGGCAGUCUUGUCUGCUGCCCUGCUUAGGGAACCACUAGAAAGUCCUGAUGAUGCUGCCAUUAUCCCUUGAAGAGGUGAACUCAAAAGCUACAAGGAACUUCAGGACUUUUAUGAUGAGUCUUCUUUUGAAAGCACAAAUCUCCCCUUUCUCUCCCCUUCCUUGUUCUUGGGCUGUCAUUAGAGCGCAUCCCCCCCCCCUUUUUAGGACAAAAGUUCUCAAGCCUUGUGCAAUAUGGCCUCCUGCAACCCAGAGUGGCCUGGUGGGGGAAUGAUUUUCCAGCCCUCUUGCUGUCAUCCAUGAAGAAUCACGUUCCCCGAGGCCCUCUGAGCUCCGGCUGGCUAGUUUGUUUUAAGGGCACCUCUUGCCUAAGCCCCAGUUUCUACAGGCCUUGGCAUUGUUCUUGAGCUGCCUCUAAAAACAAACCUUUGGGCAUUUACUUCUCCUUGGCACUGAGUGCCUGGUGGUGGAAGAGGAGUGUCUUUCUCUAAAUGUGACUCCAAUCCGUUAGUAGAAUUGUGCAAUAUUUACUGUUCUUGGUUGGGGAGAAAUAGAAAACUGCUGCACUAGAAAAGAAAAUCCCUUCCCCCUCCUUCCCACUCUACUCAUGGGAGUAAGGGGGAGGGUUGAGAAGGCUUCAGGUAUCCCUGAUCAGAACACCCAGGGAUGGACACAGCUGGAGCAUCUGGUCAGCUUGGUUAAGCUCCUGUUGCUAGGGCUUAGUAAAGAAUCCCUCCCCCUCCCUCCCAAUCCCCUUCUGUGAAAGUCUCUCCCCAGCUUUCUUUUUCCCUUUGGAUUUCCCAAGCUGCUGUAUUCCCUGAUUCAUAAGGUGCUAAUAACCAAACACUCUCUACUCUUUCAUUCUAGUCCUGCCCCCUUUGUGACUGCACCAAAUUUUGUGCCAGCUCCUAGACCCUGGUUCGAGUAUUAAGUUUAAUUGAAGGUUAAUUCUUCAUCCACAGAGCAGGGAAUUGAUUCCUUGACCUGUGGGAUGGGUAAAAACAACAAACAGCUGUGAAUCACUGUGGAAUAUGUCCUUACCUCUGACUGCACACAGGACCCUGCCAUUUGUGGUCUCUCAAAUAUUUUCUCUCUUUUCUUCCUUAAUAUGUACUUUUAAAAGACAAGAUCUCAGAGCUGGACUGUUGAGCAGGACUGGCUCUCAUAUUAAGUAAAACAUGGUAGUGAAUUUGUAAGCUAUUCUGACAGAGGGGACAAAGGUUACUAAUUGUAUAUUGUAUGGUGUUUUUAUAUGAAAGAAUGUACAGCUCUAUUGGUAAAUGUAUACUUUUUUUGUUACUUUAAUAAAAAUGUAGCUGUUCUAGCCGUGUGGUGUAGACAAACUUAA